GUCGACUUCGCGGCACGCGGCUGUGAUCUGCUCGACUCUGUUUCCGUAGACAUCAAUGAAACAGUUUCAUCCUCCACGAAAAAGACGAAGAAGAAGUCAAAGAAGAGAGGAGGUGAGGCCACUGAAGAGGUUCCUGCUUCUGGCGUAGCUGGCGUGCCGGUGUUUCGUGCGCUGACACAUGCAGCAGGUGAAAUGCGAGUAAAGGGCGUAGAAAAGGCUGCAGAAAAAUUCGUAGCAAUGUUGAAUGAUG